CGGAUCCUCAUCCUCAGAGCGCGCGACCCUCCGCCGGACUCCCAGCUCGCACUUAAUCAGCCUUUCUGCCUUCCGCGGAGCUUCAGCAGCAGCCACAGCAUCACCACCGCAGCCUCCAUCCCGCGAGCCCGAGCGCACGAGCUCUUGAGCGUCUGAGCGCGUGCCACAGACGCCGCCCCGCCGCCCCCGGUGCUGAUGGCCUCGUCAGCGAGCGGCACGGAAGAGGCGCGCGGCGCGGCGUCCUCGUCGGCGCCCACGCCCCUCAAGCUGGUGGGCCUGGUGUGCGUGUUCCUGGCGCUCUGCCUGGACGUGGGCGCCGUGCUGAGCCCCGCGUGGGUCACUGCUGACCAGCAGUAUUACCUGUCCCUGUGGGAGUCGUGCGCAAAAUCCGCCGGCGCGAGCGCGUGGCAUUGCAGCGGCACACUAAACACGGAUUGGCAGAUCGCCACAUUGGCACUGUUACACGGAGGAGCCUUCCUCAUCCUCAUCUCCUUCAUGGUGGCCCUGGUCUCUGUGUGCACGUGCAGCAGGAGGCGCUUCUACAGACCCGUUGCCGUCAUGCUGUUUGCUGCAGUUGUCCUGCAGGCCUGUAGCUUGGUUCUGUUCCCCAUCAAGUUCAUCGAGACGGUCAGCUUGCGGAUAUACCACGAGUUUAACUGGGGUUAUGGCUUGGCUUGGGGUGCCACCAUCUUUUCGUUUGGAGGAGCCAUCCUGUACUGCCUGAACCCCAAGAACUACGACGACUACUACUGACCCUGCUGCACGACUCCGCCCCGUCCUUAACCCCUCCCCCACCGACACCCCUUUCCCAAUCCCACCAUUCCCUUAAGCUCAUGCAGCAAACUUUUAUUUGCUUCCUAAGACACAAAAACAUGCAAACUGGGUGCAGAGCUCGUCCGAAUCCAGAUCCGGAUCUCACGUCUCACGCCAACAAGCAGCAUCAUCAUCAUCAUCAUCAUCAUCAUCAUCAUCGUCUGUUUAGGUUCUAUAAAAUUCCUUUAUGAAAGUGUCAUUCUUUUGCAUCUGUUCUCAUCUCUCCAUCGCAUUUCCGACAUCGCUGAUCUGUCUCUGAUCUUUAAGCGGCGGAUUCACUGGGAGAUCUAUGGAAGCAGCCAUGUGUCCAUCCCUGUGGAGAGCUCCAUCUGGAGCAGGGUAUAGGAUUGGACCUGCUGCAUGCGCACACACACACACACACACUUAAGCACAGAUCACACUGAGUGUGUUAGUAGGUUUCUGCAAUGAGAAAGCACAACACAGAGCAUAUGCUAUCCUUUGUUCACACUAGCAAGCGACAGAUCGCUCACGGGUUUCCUGUGAGAAACCGAAAGAACUAAGUGCACUAGCUAGCUUGAUCUGCUUAUUGCUCUGUCCAAGCUUUAUUUUUCUCUCUACACAUUUAACGAGUGGUGGUAUCUGACCAAGAUGAGACGAAACCUCUGAGUUUCCGAUUUGCAGCUUGCUUGUGUGAACACAGGACCCUGGUCUGAGAACAUGGAUAGCAUAAGAGGUUUUCAGAGUUCAGCAAGAUUGAGGAUGAUCAGAGGAGUUCCAGCGAUUCUAAUGUUUUAGUACCUCUUGGACAUCAGGGUGCAAAAGUCUGAGUGCAAAAUUUUUUACCCCUUAUACAGAAACGUAAAGAAUUAUUUCCACAAGAGCUGAGAUGACAGGACUGUGUCUAAAACGAGAGCCCUCUCUGCUAACUAGCGAGUUUUACACUUAAAAAACAUCAAGAUGUCUUAGAUCUCUUCAAACAAACGUCAGUUUCUGUAAUGUUAGCUAGCUAGUUCAUAACAACUGUUAUCAGUAACUGAUAGCUAGAUAUAUUUUAGCAUAACUUAAUAGCAUAAAAAUAUGGAAUGUUCUCUAAAGUUUGCUAUCUAUAUUUUUAGACAUUUUCUAACGUUGGGUCUGUUUAUAGAUCUAAAAAUAUCAAUUCCCUUAAUAUUAGCUAGCCAGUUGCUAAUAUUUGUUAGAUAGCUAGCUAGCCACAUUUUAGCAUUUCUUUUAGAAAAUGGGAUUUUUUUUUCCCCUCUAAAGUUAGCCAGCUAGUUUUGCUGUGAGGCAUUUUGUCACGUUUGCUAACUAGCUAGGUGCCUUUGUAUUGGGAGAACUUCUAGCAAAUUUUCCUGGAUGUUAGCUAAGCAGUUUGCUUUGUUUUUGUUUAAUUUUGUGAGAUCUUUAUUUUAGUGUAUUCUGUAACAAAUGGGAUUUUUCUCUAAACAUUUAGUGCCCAGCUUCCUAUAUUUAUAUUUGAAUAUGCACUAAGGAAAGUUACGUACAUUUAUGUACAUAAAGUACAUUUUCUCUACUUAGCUAGCUGGAUGUGCUGUGAGACAUUUUCUACAUUGUGUAAACUAGCUAGCUAGCUGUCUUAAAGGCAGGGUCUCCGAUUUUUGAGAAAUGCUUCAGAAAACUGAGUCGGGCGGAAUAAUAAACAAAAAUCAAAACAAACGUGUAGCCAAUGAGCAGAAAGGGGCGUGUCUUUUCGAUAUGGGCGGAGAGUGUUCAGUGCGCAUGUGUGACAUUAGCAGAAAGUGGUUUUAACAUUAACAUGGAGGAUAAAAACAAAGAAAGAAAGAGAAGAAAGACUUAUGAUAAGGUAAGAAGUAGGACGUGUUAAUAUAGGAUCAGCUUUCCAGCGCUGGAGAGAACUGAAGGAGCAGGAAGUUGGUCACAUAUUCACAGAUUGGAGUUUCCUGAGUCAAUAACUCCUGAGCUAAACGCUGUUACUACACAAAUAACACCUCUUUUCUAUCGUAGUAAUGUAGAGACGCAGCUACAACCGUGUUUUGUGUAGUAACAGUGUUUAGCUCAGGAGUUAUUGACUCGGGAAACUCCAAUCUGUGAAUAUGUGACCAACUUUACUUAAGACGCCGAGGCACUUUUUUCCUUCUCGAUAGGUGAGUAACGUUGGUUUUGUUUUGUUACACAGAACUAAUAUAUGUCUUUGUCCUUUACAUGAUUAUGCUUGUGUGUCAUUUGCUUGUUUGUUUAUCUACAAUCGUAUUGUUCUUCCCUUCAGCUAUGAUAAAGACACGUUUCUUUCCAUUAUUUGCCUGGGUUACGUAUGUAUGUGUGGGGCAGAGCUAUCAAUACAGGGGUGGGACCCAUUUGGGUUAGGGGCGUGUUUGUUUUGGUAAUUUCAAAUGUCGACAUUGGCUUUCAAACAUCGGAGACCCCACCUUUAAUACAGGGAUAUGCCCUAUGGAACACUUGUAACUUUAGCUAGCUAAAUUUCUGUGGCGGUUAUUAUUUGGGAGUAUUUCUUCUGCUCUGGUGUAUUUGUUAGCUAGCUAGCUAUCUGUGUAUUAGCAUAACCUCUAACACUUGGGAUUUUCUCUAAUUUGCAAACUAGAUUUGCUGUGAGACAUUUUCUUUAGGAUUCUUUCUGUUAGAAUUAAUUUUCUCUAACAUUAGCUAGCUAGAAUGAGUGUGUGUGUGUGCGCCCUGUGAUGGGUUGGCACUCCGUCCAGGGUGUAUCCUGCCUUGAUGCCCAAUGACGCCUGAGAUAGGCACAGGCUCCCCGUGACCCGAGGUAGUUCGGAUAAGCGGUAGAAGAUGAAUGAAUGAAUGAGCUAGCUAAUUUGCUGUGGGCCAUUUUCUACUUUUAGCUAGCUAGCUAUCUUUGUUAGUAGCAGUUACUUUGUUUUAUAGUGGUCUGGACCAUCCGGUAGUUUGUUUCAUGUUAUCUAGCUUCCCCCUCCUUUUUCGUGUAUCUUAGCUAGCUAACUUUAUAUGGGUAUAUCCUCUAACUAGAGGGGAUUUAUUCGAAUGUUAGCUAGCUAGAUUUGCUAUGAGACAAUUUGAAUGUUAGUUAGUUUAUAGAUUUGUAAAUAGGAUUUUCUCUCAGGUUAGCUAGCAUGUUUGGCUGUGAGAUGCUAAUUGCUAACGUCAGCUAACUUUUCUGGGGAUAUCCUUAAAUCUAUCCAUCAGAUUUUUUUCAUUUUCCCUCUUUUUUUAAAAGGAUUUUUAGUUUUGUUUCUUUUUGGUUUCAUAUUAGCUGGCUGAAUUUUUAAAAACCUUUUCAAUCCUGUAAUUGCUGGGGAAUUUUUUGUUACCUCACUAGAUUUGUAUGGAAAGAGCCUUUCAUGAAAAUCUUUUCCUCUGCUGUUUGCUAGAUAGUUUGUCUGCGGGACAUUUGCUAGAGUUUGCUAGAAGUUUAUUUGCUUACAAAGAUUUAAUCUUGAUAAUGCUGUGGGAUGUUUUUUGUGCUAAUUAGCUUUUUUGCACUCAGACAUUUGUACUUGACUGUAGGAGGAAGCAGAGAUGACUUAUGAAAGGGAAUUUUAUUCAGCGAGAAACCUGGAGGUCAACUGGAGCUCGGUAUAGAUUUGUUUUUUUUGAUAUAUUACAGCAUAUUUUCACCAAAACUGUAGUUAAUGUCAGGAUAAUAGAAGAAGAUUAACGGUUAGAGCAUGCUGAAUGGAGCACCAAUGGGUUAAUUAGCUUUUCUGGAAAUAACUGUGAGGUAAUUAGUGCACAUGUAAACAGUGCAUUCACUUUAUGAUAAGUGUGUGUUAUGGAAAUAUUAGGGCUAGCGGUGAAUUGUAUUCUGUUUUGUUUUUAUUUUUUUAAUGUCAAUCCAGCAUCUGAAGCUACAGGAUCGGUUUUUAGCAAAGACUGAAAUACAGCUAAUGCUAAAAUCUGAUUUGAUUAUUUUGCUGUUUCUGAUUCUGGUGUGUUCAUCUCCCUCAGUGUUUUUUAGACUGUAGUCCUCUGUCCUGAGACACGACUUCUCUUUUCUUCCAACUAAAAAGUGCAUUCAAACUGUUUAAAAGUGAAAAUUAUUAUCAAGUAAACAUGCCAGUGUAAAACUUCUUAAUAAAUCUUCAGGAAAUAUUGAAAUUUUAAAUUUGGUAAAUUCAAUAUUUAAAUAUUAAACAUAUAAUUUUGAAUUUUAGCAGUGUGAACAGGAGAAUGACUGGUUAAUGACUACUCGUGACUCAGUACUCAGAUCGAAGGUCAAGCCAAAAGAAUAUUUACUUACCAAAAAUUUGUAAAAAUGAGAAAAAUAAUAAAUUGGUAAAUGUUAGUUAUGAUACCAUUAUAAUCGUCUUAGAGCGAGUUACACCAUUACUAAAUUGAUUUAUUUAUUUUCUUUCAAACUAUCAUUGGACUAUCAUCUUGACUCUUGACUUGACUUGGACUCUUAUCUGGUGUAU